CUUGCGAUGUGCCCCUAUUUAUCGGGUCGCUCGUUUCCACCACCGGGGUUUUAGACGUCGUUGGCCGCUAGGGUUUCUUCCUCUCCGAGUCCGGGUGGGUAGCGGACGGUGUUCUCUCGCCGGGCUUUGAGAUGGCCCCUCCUCAGCCGAACACCGGUCUCUUUGUUGGGCUCAACAAAGGGCACAUCGUCACCAGGAGGGAGUUGCCCCCUCGUCCUUCCAGCAGAAAAGGGAAAACUAGCAAGAGGGUGCAUUUUGUUAGGAACUUGAUCAGGGAAGUGGCUGGGUUUGCACCUUAUGAGAAGAGGAUUACGGAGCUGUUGAAAGUUGGAAAGGACAAGCGUGCACUGAAAGUUGCUAAGAGAAAGCUGGGUACACACAAGAGAGCCAAAAAGAAGAGAGAGGAGAUGGCUAAUGUUCUCCGGAAGAUGAGGUCUGCUGGAGUGAGCGAAAAGAAGAAAUGAUGAUACCCCCUGCAAAGCCUUAACUUUGUCAUCAUGCAAUUAGAUUUUAUAUUUGAUGUUUCAGCACGAUGGAAUGUUGACCUACAGAAAUGUUGGCGAUUGGAAUCAAGGCUGGUUUGUGUCUGUUCUCUUUUAGUAUUUUUUUAAUGUGAUCAGAUAAAACCUUCUGCCAAAUCUUCUUUACACAUUAUGAUGCAUUGGAAGCUGCUUGCCUUGUCGUCUUAAUCAAAUGUUGAACUUACUUUUA